AUGCCAUCAUCAGAAACCGACAUCGCCAUCCAAGUGGAACGCGGGCAUGCUAGUAGCAGCGGUUGUGAAACCACCCGCUUUCCCAUCUCCACGCACUCAACAUCACCCAAACCCUUGAGCCGCCAGCGCUAUUCAGGCGCACUCCUGUUCAAUCUCCUCUCCUUUACUCUUCCCGCGUUAUACGCCACUCUCUCUAAGCUCUGGGUUGCCAACAUCUCAACAUCUCUUGUUGCCACCACCGACGCCUACACAUACAUCUCCGUUGUCGCCGAAGUGCUGAACGAAGGACUCCCGCGUGCAUCGUGGCUGAUCAUCGGCAACCUGACAUCACGCACCUUUUCCCAGCGCCUCACGCUCUCCUACACGUUGAUCGUGUUUCAAACGGGCUUAGGACUGAUAGUGUCCAUCAUCAUCAUUUCCACGGCACCCUCCUUCACCUCCGCCUUUGUGCCACGCGGCACGCGCACCGCCUCCAUCAAGUACGUCCGGAUCAGCGCGUUCUCGGCGCUCGCUUCUGCCGUCGAAGUGGCCGUGGCGGCCAGCACGCGAGCUCUCGACCGGCCUGACGUUCCACUGUUGAUCAGCAGCAUCAAGUUCGUGAUCAACAUCGCGCUGGAUCUGCUGCUCAUCUCGCGCUUCCACGUCGGGACACACAAACCGACGAUCAACACGCAGGCUGCGAUACGGCUGACAUGCGAUCUCAGCGCCGCGGGAGCAGGGCUGGUGUACUUUUGUGCAAGCAGCCUGCGCACGUGGAAGAGAAGGGGAGAUGGAGCAGUAGUACGGGCGGCGGGCGCGGCGGAAGAGCGACCAAGGCUCUCGCUCAGAGCACUGGCGAUUUUGCUGCCGCCUGGCUCUUUGACGUUUCUCGAGUCGGCGGUGAGAAAUGCGCUGUACUUGUGGCUGGUGAGCGGGAUCGUGGCCAUGGGGAAUGAUUACGCAACGGCUUGGGGCGUGUUCACGACUAUUCGAUGGGGUCUCGUCAUGGUUCCCGUCCAGUCGCUGGAAGCUACGUCCUUGGCCUUUGUUGGCCAUGCAUGGGGUGCGUGGAGAGCAAGCGUCGGCGAGUACUCGCGACGGCCGAGUGUCUCGCCGCAGCAUCUACUCCGUCAGUCAACAUCUCCUGAACCAUGGGCGAACGAACUCAACCUUAACAGCUUUUAG